AUGGCGGGGAGCUGCGGGCCGGAGCAGACAAGGUGGAUAACGACGGUCAUUAUGAGCACAGCUCUGCAGGAUCAUGAAAUUUCUACAGUUCUGCAGAGGCAGCAACACCGAGUUCGAUACUCAGAAUCAGUGGAAACUGGAUCUGUGAUUUUUCCUCUUUCUGGCAUUGCAUUUCUACUGGCAGACACUCAAGACUUGCUUAGGGCAGGGGAAGAAGAAUUUUCCAAAAGAAUUCAGAAGUUCAUAAACAUUCAUCGGAACAGCUUUUUAGUUUUGUCAGCUGCUCUUCAUGGACCAGAAGAAUGGAGUGUCAUGUUCAGGAUUCAGAGAAGAUUCCUGGGCAGCAAUUUACGUGUAAUACCAGUUCAUAAUCCUGCUGAAAUUGUUAAAUUAAUGCUAACGAUGGCUAAGAUAACUUCCAAGCCACAAGCAGAUGAUACUCGUUGCAAAAUGGAAAUGACAAAGGCCCAAAUAAUAGAAAAAAGUCCAGUUUGGAAGAUGCUUCAAGAGUACCAAUCGCACUGUAAUUAA